AGAACGUUUCAUAAAUAUUUAUAUCGUUUAUAGUUAAGUGUCCAUUUAAUUUACUUCUUAUAUUUGUUUUGUGUUUUUCUUUCUUGGUUCAAAUUCACUAUUUCUUUGAAAUUUUCUAUCAGUGACUCGUUUGUGACUAUGUGAAUGUUUUAGUGUUUCUUGUUUUUUAAAUCGAACAGAAUAAAUAUUUAUAAGAUCGUGGAAACAACCAGUGGCCGAAGUGUACCCCCGUGGCGAUAUCACUCUCAGCUGGGUGGCUGCCGCGGCCGCCAUGCUCGUGGUCACCGCGACAACCAUCGCCGGCAACGCCGUGGUGCUUGUGGCGGUGUGGCGUGCGCGACGUGCGCCCGCGCAUUAUCCGUUGGCCAGCCUGGCUGCGGCCGAUUUAUUAGUCGGAUUGUCAGUCCUGCCCGUAGCCGCUGCGAGGGAGCUUAUCGUUUUUAAUUUACCGUGGGCGUUGUGCGCUUGCUGGAGCACGCUGGACGUGCUCUGCUGCACGGCAUCGAUUCUGUCCAUAUGCGCGUUGGGCUGGGAGCGCUGGUAUGGCAUUACCGCGCCGCUUGCCCGAGCUAGAAGAAAUCGACGUGCUAAGGUAUCAGCGCUGCUUGUGUGGCCGGUUUCGACUGUAAUUGCUCUACCAGCUGCGUUUAUACCUUCGCCAAGGCACUACUUUCUUGGAGAGGCGCCCAAGGCCUGCACCGUUAACACCAAUGUCGGCUACGUCUUCGCCAGCGUAUCCUUCUCGUUCUACAUUCCGGCAACGAUCAUGAUGUACCUUUACGCUUACAUCCUUCGGUCUCUAGCAGUGCCCAUACCGAUUCGAGCCCAUAGAGGACCUACGUCCAGUAAACAGGUGGCAAAUAACAAUGCGCAAAACCAAAAGGAAAUGGCAAUGGCUACCCCGAUACCGAAGCAGAAAACUUCAACAGUUCAGAAAUUAACCACAUUUAUGACCCCAAAGCGCAAUCAUUUAGCAGUUCCUAAUGCGCCAGGACAGGAACAUAUACCGUCACCAUUGAAAACUUCAAAUUCACCAGGAGGAAUAAUCCCUCGACAACGCAGAGCCACCCGCACGAUUGUAAUGCUGAUGUCUCUGUUCCUCAUUUGCUGGACGCCUUUCUUCGUCAUGUUGCCUGUUGAUUCCCUCUGCGAGUGCGUGCGUGACGUAGCCUGGCAAUGGUGUACAUGGCUUGGGUACGCGAACUCCUCUCUCAACCCCCUGGUCUAUGCAGCAGCCUCCCCUAGCGUCAGACGGGCGAUACGAGCCUCCCUCACGACUAGCAGCUCUUCAAGAACCACUGACGUCAAUACGAGGACUGACGUGCCGAUGAUUUCUAGGAGAAUUUAAAAAGGAUCACCUGGUCUGAACUGGCUUCACAAAAAUUCUUCGUACAACAAAACGUGUUGGAAAUAUAGGCGUAACACCACAGCCGCUUUAUGUUAUAGGUUUAUAAGCCAACUUAUCUCGUG